AUGAGUACAAAUAGUUACCGUCUUAAACAUUCAAUCGAUUCAGACGAAUUUGAAGAUCAAUCAAAAUCCACAUGGUGUCAUCGAAAUUGGUUUCGUCUAUUAUUUGUCAUCAUUCUUACUGUUUUAACAAUAGGAACUAUUUCAUACCUUAUUAUUGUACUAUACAAAGACGCACUUAAAGAGAAAGCAUUAGCUAAAAAGAAAAAGGAUUGGAUUAAAAAAUGGAAAAUAAUUGAACCAUAUGUAAAACAUUUUCCACUUGGAUUUAUGCUUGGUUUUAUACGAAAUCUUAUUGUAUUAGCCAUUGAAAGAUAUAUUGAUACUUAA